UGGUGGCAAUGGAGAAGGCGAUGAAGCGUGACCAGAUUGAGGUGAAUGACCGCCAGCUGGCCUGCGCCAUGAUCCGGUCUCCAGAGGGACAGGACUACCUCAAGUCAAUGGCGGCUGCCGCAAACUUCGCUUGGGUCAACCGCAGCAGCAUGACCUUCCUCAGCCGCCAGGCGUUUGCCAAGGCGUACAACACUACCCCGGACGACCUGGACAUGCACGUCAUCUACGACGUGUCGCACAACAUCGCCAAGGUGGAGCAGCAUGUGGUGGACGGGAAGAUGCGCACCCUGCUGGUGCACCGCAAGGGCUCCACCAGGGCCUUCCCGCCACACCACCCGCUCAUCCCCGUGGACUACCAGCUGACCGGCCAGCCCGUGCUGAUAGGCGGUACGAUGGGCACGUGCAGCUAUGUGCUGACGGGCACAGAGCAGGGCAUGAACGAGACGUUCGGCACGACAUGCCACGGGGCCGGGCGGGCGCUCUCGCGGGCCAAGUCUAGGCGCAACCUCAACUACCAGGAUGUGCUGGACAAGAUGAACGAGAUGGGCAUUUCAAUCCGGGUCGCCUCUCCCAAGUUGGUAAUGGAGGAGGCUCCAGAGUCAUACAAAAAUGUGACUGACGUGGUGGACACGUGCCACGAGGCCGGCAUCAGCCGCAAGUGCAUCAAGCUCAGGCCUAUCGCAGUCAUUAAGGGGUGAAGAUGAGCAUUGAGUUGCCCAUCGGGGUGAUCGAAGGCUGAAGAUGUCCUUGAGUUGCUGCUCAUCACGGUCAUCAAGGGUUGAAGAUCUGCAUCAGAUUACUCAUCGGGGUCAUCGAGUGCUGAAGAUGUGCAUCGAGCUGCCCAUUGCAAUCAUCAAGGACUGAAGAUGUGCACUGAGUUGUCCAUCACAGUCAUAAGUGCUGAACAAGAACAGCUUUGUCUCGGGCUGGACAUGGACUCGAGGGCUGAAAAUUGGUGGCGUUGUCUCGGGCCGAGAUUAAACGAGGGGUGUCUUCCCGGGUUUGACCUGGA